AAUGCGUGAAAUAAAAAAGAGAAUUUCUUCUUGAUAUAAUAAAAAAUUUGUGAUAAUGGAUGCAAUUUUUAUUACCAGCUACGAUUGGAAAUUGUUGCAAUUGCAGCCAAAAGAUUUGUGGAUUUUAACGUUUAUUUGAAUAAGUGCAAUAAAUUGUUAAAAGUCAAGUGCUGCCAGAUUGUUUUGAAUAAUAAGAGUGAUUUAUAUAUACAUAUAUAUAUGUAUAUGUAUAUGUAUAUAAGAAAAAAAGUUGGCAUAAGGAAUAAAGAGGAAAUAUCUUAAUGUGCCUUCUUCUUUGCACGCGGAAAAACCUAAGCUUAGGAUGUGCGUUGCGAUUUGUGCGGUCAUGUAUCUUUCAUUAUCGCGUUACUUUACUACUUUAAUACAACAUUGAGAAUAACAUUAUCAUCAUAUUUGUGUGGCUGUGGUUUACUAUGAUCCUUUGAUUUUCAUUAACGACAUUAACUACAAAAUUGGAUAUUUUGUGGAUUUCGCAACUGCACAAGGGGGGAAACAGUUGCAAGCGACCAUGCGCGCAUGGCUUCUACUCCUCGCAGUCCUGGCGACUUUAUUAAUACGCGUUACAGUUGCCAAUCAGAAUUUAAUUGAUGAUAAUAAUAUAUUAACGUUAUUAAAUAAAAUGAAAAAAAAUCCGCCAAAAAUUGAUCGCUCGAAAAUUGUAAUACCGGACGAAUUAUGGGAACAGUAUUUAGCGAGAAACAAACAAAAAUUCAGACCAAAUCCAUUAGCAAAAGUUGCUGAUACAGUGAGAAGUUUUACACACAAAGAAAGUAAAAUAGAUGAUCGUUUUCCUCAUCAUCAUCGAUAUCGUUUAUAUUUCGAUGUUAAAAGCAUUUCCGACGAUGGCGAGAAGCUGAAAGCUGCUGAAUUGAAGUUAUCACGUGACGCCAUCAGCGAUGCUUCAUGGCCUACUAGUCGGCAUCGCGAUCGAGAUCGUUACCAAGUUCUGGUUUACGAUAUAAUGCGCUUGGGUGUAAAGGGCGUCCGUUCACCGCAUUAUUGGCUUAUAGAAAAUCGAACGGUUUGGUUAAAUAGCACGGAAAAGGUCAGCUUAGAUGUAAGCCCAGCGGUUGAUCGAUGGCUAAGUGCACCGAACAGAAAUUAUGGUUUGCUAAUUGAGGUGCGAACAGCUGAACAUUUAGAACCAGCACCGCAUCAUCAUGUACGUUUGCGACGCAGUACAGACGAACAAGAUCACGUAUGGCGGCAUAAGCAACCUGUACUGAUGACCUAUACGGAUGAUGGUAAACACAAAUCACGGCCGAAGAGAGGAAGGCCAAGCCGAAGGAAAAAUCACAAUGAAUCUUGUAGUCGUCAUCCGUUGUACGUUGACUUUGGCGAUGUAGGCUGGAGUGAUUGGAUUGUUGCACCGUCCGGUUAUGAUGCUUUCUAUUGUCAUGGCAAUUGUCCAUUUCCGUUGGCGGACCAUUUUAACUCGACCAAUCAUGCUGUGGUACAAACCAUGGUUAAUGCCCAAAAUCCUGGAAAAGUGCCGAAAGCGUGCUGCGUACCUGUCGAAUUAGAGGGCAUUGCGAUGCUUUAUGUAACGGAUAAAAAUACGGUAGUACUCAAGAACUAUCAGGAUAUGACAGUCGUGGGUUGUGGUUGCCGGUAAAAUUGGGCAUUUAACGGUUGGUACCGUGUUCGCCAAAUAAAGAAAACGGCUUUUUUCUGACAAUUCCAAAGCGUUCUCUUACGUUAGCUCAAGCUCAUAGCCGCAGUGUUAACUAUGAACACCAACUUGCACCAAUAUCUGGCGUCUCUGAUCCUAGGCAUUUGUUGUUGAUGAGAACGAGAGCUGAUGAUGAAAGCGCAAAGUGUAUGAUAACAAUAAAAUAAGCGCGUUACCUGACAUGUGUUGCAUGUGUAUGUUUAUGAAUGUAUGAAUGUGUGAGUGUUUGCAUAUAAGUUAUAGAUUUAUUGUGUAUAUAGUAUUUUAAAAAUGUGUGGCGUGUGCGUAUUCAGGGUUGUGUGUUUGUGUAUGCCGCCAAGUCAGAGAAUUACAUGUUACUAAGAAAGUACAACAAAACUAUUUUCGGCACUAUUUAGCCUGUGAUGCGGGCCUUACAUUAAAAAUGUAAUUAAAUAACUGUAAAUAGCAUUACGCAGCUCAAAGCAGGUAACAUUUUCCUUCAGACAGUGCUUCGCAGGUAACUAACUAACUAACUAACUGCUCGCACUAUUACUGAGUUUUUAGUUAAUUCUCUGAUUAGGCGCAAAACUUGAGUCUACUUAAGAGAUCAUUGUAUGUUAUAAAUGCAAAGGCUGUCCGGGCCUCAAUAAUGCUUUAAUAAGUUUUAGUGUUCUAUUUGUUUAUAAACUAAUGUUGUUUUUUAAAUUAAUGCGUAAAUAGUUUCUUUUUUUUUUUCUUUUUUACA